CAAUUCUAGUUGUUGUUUGCAAGUGCCAACAGUACUUCCCCAAGCUAUGAGUUGCGACUUGCAAACGACAACGACACUUUAGAAUUGAAUAUUGGGCAUCCCUGGUAAAUAUCUAAGACUCGAGUCUCUUGUCUACUUCUAAAAUCCACGAUUUUGUUAUCCUUCGUCAGACUCGUGUAGUGUUUCCCGCCGCUAGAUUUCCAUCUAAGCAAGCACUACAAUGGCUUACAUCAAGAACCAACACGCAUACAGCCUGAAAAACUCUAAGGGAGGCACUGCCCUUGACCUCUCGGGCUACGAUGGCUACUCCAUCAUCGGUUUUCAACCCCACGGCAGAUCCAACCAGGCAUGGACCUUUCAGCAGGAUGACGACAAGAACGGGUGGUUCAUACGGUCUUCCUCUGGAAAAUAUCUUGGGAUCGAAGGCAACCCUCAAGCUGGCGCCGCGGUCGUUGCUGUUUCGAACCCCUUCAAGUGGGAUGUCAAAGACUCCGACAUCGAAAACGCUAGAGGCAUUAGGAUAUUGGCCCAUGGCACGAAUUUCAGCUUAGACUUAUUCAAGGGAAAUCCAGCAAACUGGACGAAAAUUAUGCUUUGGGGAAGUUGGCCUGGCGCGAAUCAGAUUUGGACAUUUACCGAGCUGGUUUCCAUUGAGGACCAGCGCACUUACAGCCUCAGAGAUGCUCCCAAGGAAUCAUCAAAAGUAUUUUUCUUCAAUUUCCUAUCUUCGCCAUCUCAUCGUGCAUUUUUUUGUGAUUCCAAGGAUCUAAAUUUGGAUUUGAAUGCAUGUUUCCAUCCUUUCCUCGUAUGA